AGAAAAAUCAAACGUUUCCCACUCCCCCGCCCCCUCCUUUCUCUUCCGCGCUUCCUCAGUCCGUCUUCUUUUGCCGAUCGAAACCCACCGAUUGUCCGUCAAGAAAUCCAUCAACUCUUCGAUCAUUCCGAUUCCCCAUCGUCUCCUCCUCGCCCACCCGAUCCUCCCUCCAUCGCUUGCGGUUCUUGGAUCGCGUCUUGAACCUUGGCGUGCUCUUCCCUUCCGUUAUUGCUAGGGUUUCCCUUCUCGAAUCCUAUUUGUAGGGUUUCUUGUUCCCCGGAGUUCUUGAUCAAAAGACCAUGGCAGGGUUUAGCAGCUAGUGUCUCCGGCGAAGACUUUCGAAGAAAAAUGAAAGGGUUUAGGGUGUUUUGGAAUUCUUUCCAUCUUCUCAAACCCGAGCUUGAGUAAUUUGGGGGGUGGGAGGAGGAGUUGAUCGUUGGUGAAGCUUGUACGAGAUUGGGAGAAGGGGGAGGGGGAGCUGAGAGUGAUGGGGCAUAGCUCCAAGAAGAAGAAAAGAAAUAAGGGUGGCCGAGGAAGGGCUCCAUCGAAGGGCCAGUCCCCUGGGGAUGAUCAGGAUCUUCUUUCCGAGGAGCUGACUGCUUUGGCUGCAAUAUUUCAAGAAGACUUGAAAGUUGUCUUGAAACCUCCUUAUACUGAGUUAGCUAUAAAUCUGAGGCCUUACUCAAAUGAUAUGGGCUUUGAAGAUCUCAAUAUUUCGGCACUUCUAUUAGUAAGAUGCUCAUCUGGGUAUCCUCAUAAGUGUCCCAGGCUACGAAUAGCACCAGAGAAGGGUUUGUCAAAGAAAGAUGCUGAUCGGCUCAUUUCUCUGCUUCUUGAUCAGGCAAAUAUCUAUGCCAGAGAAGGACGUAUAAUGAUUUUCAAUCUGGUGGAGGCUGCUCGGGAGUUUCUAUCCGAAGUUGUUCCUGUGGAACAACCACUUAAAUCUGGUACUUGCUUGGGUGCAAACAGAAAAGAUGAAUCGGCUCCUAAGAAUGCAGCAGUUCAACUUGAUGUGUGCUAUCAUUCUGAAGAACCUUUCGUUUAUAGUUCCAUAGAUCUGUAUAGUGACUUAUGUCGUGACAAUGCAACUUGGGGCAGUCAUGAUACAAAAGUAGCAAAUGAGAACUCUAGUAAAAUUUUUAGAGCACAAACUGGCUUAAUUAAGAAGGGCAAAAAUAAAAACAUCUUGUUACAGUCCCAUACUUUGGCCAACCUUGAAAGUGUCAGUACAGAUCGUAGUAUCUUUAAGAACAUGACACCGGAAGCAUUGCAUUCUACGAAACAUGGUGCUACCCCACAAGUUGUUACAAAGUUAAACUUUGUUGCAGAGGAAACUGAAACUGACAGCAAGGGUUCAUCCCCAAAGGCCUAUGAUCAACAAUCAGUGCUAGAUUCUUCAGAGAAGGGUUCUGACAGCACACAACAUGAGGCCGCUGACCUUGUUGACCAAAUAAGGAAGGUUGAUGGUUGUAAUUCAGAAGGCGAAUCGCCGACCUCAUUGAGUUUUGUUUCAACCAAAGAUGAUAUUGAAUCUCAGAGCAAGAAAAAAGAACUUCUUUUGGUUCACUUGCUUCAAUUGGUUUGUUCUUCUAAAAGAUCACCGGCUACUGCUUUGCCAGAAAUAUCAUCAGAGUUGUACAAUUUAGGGGUGCUUUCAGAAUGGGCCAGAGAUUUGGUUGCUGUACCACCAUUAGUCUUUGCCAAAGCUUUUGAUCGUGCUUUUGAACAGCACAUGACUUCUUCACAAUUCUCUCAGUUUUGGAAACCGGAUAUUAGUUGUAGUGGAGAUAAUGCCUCAUCUAGACCAAAUUCUCGUUAUUUGAAUGACUUUGAAGAAGUCUGUUCACUUGGUCAUGGGGGAUUUGGCCAUGUUGCAUUGUGUAAAAAUAAACUAGAUGGACGUCAAUAUGCAGUAAAAAGGAUUCGCCUAAAGGAUAAAAACCCUUAUGUUAAUGAGAAGAUUUUGAGAGAGGUAGCCACACUUUCACGCUUGCAACAUCAACAUGUUGUUCGCUAUUAUCAGGCAUGGGUUGAAACUGAAUAUGGUAAUUAUGAUGGAGAUACUGCUUGGGGUUCGAUAACUGCAGAAAGUUCUACUAGUAGCUAUAUGGGUGUCAAGUCAACAAAUGCUACUGAUGAUAACAGACUUGAAUUGACAUACUUGUAUAUACAAAUGGAGUAUUGUCCUCGGACCUUGCGACAAGAUUUCGAAUCAUAUAGUUCUUCUUUUGAAAAGGAUUACACAUGGAGUCUAUUUCGCCAAAUUGUUGAAGGCUUAGCACAUAUACAUAGUCAAGGGAUCAUCCAUCGUGACUUGACACCUAGUAAUAUUUUCUUUGAUGUUCGUAAUGAUAUUAAAAUUGGUGACUUUGGGCUUGCCAAGUUCUUAAAACUUGAGCAGCUGGAUCAUGAUCAAUAUUUUCCUACUGAGACAACCGGAGUUUCAAUGGAUGGAACCAGUCAAGUGGGUACGUAUUUUUACACGGCACCUGAAAUUGAGCAGAGGUGGCCACAAAUUAAUGAAAAGGUGGACAUGUAUAGCUUAGGAGUUAUAUUUUUUGAGCUGUGGCACCCUUUUGCAACUGCAAUGGAGAGACAUAUUGUUCUUUCAGAACUUAAACAAAAGGGUUUGCUUCCUCCUUCUUGGGUUGCAAAGUUUCCUCAUGAGUCAACCCUACUUCGGCGUUUAAUGUCUCCUAGUCCAUCUGAUCGUCCAUCUGCAACCGAACUUCUACAACGCGAAUUGCCUCCACGAAUGGAAGAUGAAUGGCUAAAUGAUAUGCUGCGGACAAUACAGACACAAGAGCAUACAUAUGUUUAUGAUCGAGUUGUGUCUACCAUAUUUGACGAGGAGAGGUUAAUAACGAAAUCUCAUUGCCAACAUGAUGACAAUGCAAAAAUGACAAAAAAUGAGCCUUCUUUUAUACAGUACACAGAAUCAGAUCUUGAACUGCGCGACAUUGUCACCGAAGCUUGCAAGGAAAUGUUUAAACAGCAUUGUGCAAAGAGAAUGGAAAUAUCACCCAUGUGUGUAUUUGAUGGCUGUUAUCCAUCGGACAGAAGGAACACUGUCAAGCUUUUAACUCAAGGAGGAAAUAUGCUUGAGCUCUGUCAUGAGUUGCGCUCACCGUUUGUUAAUUGGAUUAUAGCAAAUCAGAAAUUGUCAUUCAAACGUUAUGAAAUAUCGUGGGUUUAUAGAAGAGCAAUUGGCCAUUCUGCUCCUAAUCGUUUCCUCCAGGGUGAUUUUGACAUUAUCGGAGGUGCAUCACCGCUAACAGAGGCAGAGGUUAUUAAGAGCUGUGGUUUUGGAUGCCUCAACCAUACAUGUGAAAAAUGUCAGGUGGCAAUGGAUAUUGCAACCCGUUUCUUUCAUCCAAAUGCUGUAGAUAUUCGUUUGAAUCAUGGCCAAGUUUUGGAAUCAAUUUGGUCUUGGGUAGGAAUUGCCAGCGAGCUUAGACAAAAGGUAGCUGAGCUUCUGUCUUUGAUCACUUCAUCUUGUCCCCAGUCCACAAAUCGCAAAUCAAAUUGGGUUUUUGUCCGGCGACAGCUCUUACAGGAUCUUAAUCUAUCUGAAACAAUUGUGGAUAGAUUACAAACAGCUGAUUUAAGGUUUUGCGGAUCUGCAGACCAUGCCCUUGCUAGAUUAAGAGGGGCCCUCUCUUCUGAUAAAUUUACUUCCAAGGCUUUGGAGGAGUUGUCUGUUCUGCUCAGAUGUUUAAGGGUUUGGAGCAUUGAGCAACAAGUUUCUAUAGAUGUACUAAUGCCUCCUACAGAGGUUUACUAUAGGGAACUCUUUUUUCAGAUGUACUUAAAGGAGAGUAAUCCUGGAUCAGUUUCUGAGAGAAUCUUGCUUGCUGUUGGUGGCCGGUAUGACCAUCUCAUUAAUCAAAUGUGGGACCAUGAAUAUAAAUCUACCCCUCCGGGUGCAGUUGGAGUCAGCGUUGCAUUAGAAAAGAUUCUUAAUCAUUCUUCUGUAGAGAUCAGACCCUUCAGAGCCGAAUCUAGUACCAAUGUGCUUGUCUGCUCUAGAGGUGGAGGUGGAUUGUUACAAGAGCGCAUGGCACUUGUUGCAGAACUAUGGCAAGCCAACAUUAAGGCGGAGUUUGUUCCCCAGGCAGAUCCAAGCCUCAAAGAGCAGUAUGAUUAUGCAAGUGAGCAUGACAUAAAAUGCUUAGUGAUUAUAACUGAAGCUGGUCUACCUGAAACAGGUUUGGUAAAGGUUCGUCAUCUUGAUCUAAAGAAAGAGAAGGAGGUUACGAGAGCGGAUAUUGUCAAGUUUCUAGGAGAUGUGACUACACGGCCCAGGGAUCUCACAACUUGGACUUGAUUGUGUCUAUAUUCUAGCCUGAAUUAGUUUCCUCUGAAAAAGACCAGCUUCCGCAUCUUUGUUCUGGACCUACGGCUGAACAUUGUUAGCAAUUUUGAUGUGUGUUGGCAUUCAUGCCAGACAGCAAGAAGUUAGAUGGAGCCCAGAUAUAUGUUACUGAUACGUUCUUUAUAUUGACAUAAGUUGCAGGAUGCUGAUUGCAAAUUAUGGGUUGUAAGUGGUAGAAGACAGCUGAGGGAUGGCGGCAAAAAAACAAUUAGGGGAAGAAGGUAGGCCUGUUAUGAUGAGUAAUAGAUAUGUGAGUGGAACAUUUUUGUGUAUUGUUUUUUCUUCUGGGUUCGCUUUUUAUAGUAGAAACAUUCUUUUGGCAAUUUUAAAUGCAAUAAUAGAUCAGCACCUGCCACUUAAAGGAUGUAGUUUAAAUGAGGUGCAAUUUUGUUGUAAUCGAACUGGUACUGUUAAAUCGUUUAAGUGAUGUUAUGAAAUUUGUGUGUACAUAUAUGUUAUAGUCCAGGAGUAUUAAUGCUCUUAUCAUCUGCAGAUGAGUGUAAUAAUAAAACUAGUGAUGUUUCUUUUGUA